AUGGACGUGGACAUACUGAAAACCUCCACGAGUGACACCAGCAUGGACAUGAUGAUGAUGAUGCAAAUGGAAAAGUUCCCUGAAUUAUGUGAACCUUUUUAUAACAGCACCAAUCUUCUCUACCCAGAAAACGAGUUCUUAAGCUCCACCACCAAUACGCCACCCGUGUUCUCCAAUCUUAACCCAAACGUUAUAACUCCAGCACCCACUUUGAUCAAUCCACCACCACCUUCCUAUAAUUUUGUUCUCCAACAACCCAUGACUCCUCCCCUUGAACCCAACCCUUCGUUUUCGGAGAAGAAGAACUCUGUGGCGGCCAUGAGGGAGAUGAUUUUUCGCGUGGCAGUGAUGCAACCUAUUCAUAUAGACCCUGAAUCUAUCAAGCCUCCUAAGAGAAGGAACGUAAAGAUUUCGAAGGAUCCACAGAGUGUGGCAGCGAGGCACAGAAGGGAAAGGAUAAGCGAGAGAAUAAGGAUCCUUCAGAGAUUAGUUCCUGGUGGGACCAAAAUGGACACGGCUUCUAUGUUGGAUGAAGCCAUACACUACGUGAAGUUCUUGAAGAAACAAGUGCAGACGCUGGAACAAGCAGGGGCAACUAGACCCUUGAGCGUUGUUGGCUUCCCUGGUACUGUGUCCAACACCAAUAACAACAUUAAUUUUUCUUCUUUUGUGAAGAGUUGCCAACCGUGUCAUAUGCUUGGUUCUGCAGCUUCUAAACACAUGCUCAGUUGA